UCAGAGUAGGAUGACGAAGGCUUCUUCGUCAACGGCGUGAAGGGGAAAAAAAAGGGCGGCUGCGGGGAGCGAGGGGGAAGGCGACGUGGAGGGCAAGGCCGGGCGAAACUUCUGGUCAGUUGACCACAUGAACGCCAUCAUCAGGGCGAAGUGGGACGAGGAAGCGCAUAUGCAGGGGAUGGGCCACGCAUGCGCUCACAUGAAGACGAGGGAAUGGAAGUGGGCGGAUGUUGAAGAGAGGUUGAAGAAGGUUGGCGUGGAGAGGACAACCGACAAGUGUGGGAAGAAAUGGGACAACUUGAUGCAACAGUUCAAGAAGGUGCACUUGUUCCAGGGGGAAUCUGGGAAGCAGGACUUCUUUCAAUUGACGGGGAAGGAGAGGUCUACUCAUGGCUUCAAUUUCACCAUGGAUCGGGCCGUGUAUGAGGAGAUCAAGGGUUCCACCGCGAAGAAUCACACCAUAAACCCGAAGCAUGUAGCCAACACAGGCGGUUCCGGUGGUGUGCAGCUGUCGUCCGGGUUUGCAGGCAGCCCUCAAUCUGUCGGCGAUGGGGACACGGGUGGCGAUGACAAUGACGAAGAGGACAACUCCACGAAAGGGUCUUCGCCAACGAUGGGCAGCAGUGCCGGUUUCGGGAAGAGGAAGAAUGUUAGGCAACAAACUUUCGAAGCUCUCACGGAAUGCAGGGAGAAGCACAGGACGCUAAUGGCGACGACGAUGGGGAGCGCUGGCAAGAGGCAGUGUUCCAUUCAACUUCGACAAUGCGAAGCCAUGGAAGCGGAGGUGGAAGUGCAGAGAAAGCACUACGCGGCUUUAGACAGUGUGACCAAGCUCAUGUGCCAAGCACUACUGGAGAUAGCGAAGGCUAUACGCCAUCCGAUUGCGCACUUCACACCGUCGUCGCUCUCCGUCAUCGUGCUCGUUGUCUUCACCAUGUCUUCACAUGGCGGUAAUCGCGGUAAGAAGAGGGACAGCUUGGAAGCGGAAGCGCCUGCGGCCGUGAAGAAAGGACGUCAUCAACCGAAGAACAAGAAGGUUGUUGCAGAGGGCCUUUCGAGGGGAAGUGCCACGAGGGAUGACGAGUGGGUGAGGGAUUUCAAGGGCGCGGGGGGGGGGGGUCGUAAGGCUGACGUCGUCAUCGAUGUGGACGCUGGUCAAGCGGCGAGGGAGGUCCUACUGGAUGCUGCUCCGCAGACGGCACCUGCAGGGGGGGCCGUUGCCAGGACACGUGUCACUGCGCCGCCUGAUGCGCAAGAUUCCGCGUGGGUGCAAUCACCCCCAACCACACCACGUGGCCAAGCAAUUCCGGAGAAGGGAGGGGCCGCGAAGGUGGUGGUGCAAGGAAGUGGCCACGAUACACAUCGGCAAGACCCUAUCGCCUCGCAGGGCGGUGUCGUGGCAGGAUCAUCUAGACUGACGGCGGUUGCAGCAACCGCGGAGAGCCGUGGGCGGCGUGGGGAAGGCGACGCCGAUGAGCCUUUGGUGAACAGGCAACGAUGGGGGAAUGCACGAGAUGGGAUUGAAGCUGCAACGAAGUUGUGGGUGGAUGACAUGAGGUUCUGGAACGAGACAGAGGGCAAUGGACUCUUCAAGGUCAUCCAGGAAGCGCGACUUUAUUUGCUGGCCAUCGCCAAGGGAGUCGCCACUCACGAGAUCCAUCGGAGUAUAGCCCUCCCUCACUCAAGUAUUCCGCAGCACAAGAUUGAAGACGAAUCGCAGCCGAAGGCGGUGAAAGACAGGGCGACGAAAGUGCAGAGCAUCGUCUUGCGCGUCAUCCAUGGAUGGAUCUUCAAAUCCGCGAGUCGCUCAUGGGGCUACCACUCCACAUACGGAUACGUCCUCAACCACGUGGUGACGGACAUGGCUCGCGUCAUGUGGCUUGGAGAGGACUAGUGCACGUGUGUGAGCCCCGCUAUCUGCCACAUCAUACUGGAGAUGGAUAUGAAGCUCCCCGUUUGGUUCGUCGGCGCGCACAUCGAGGA